CCAAGAUGUCUUCCUCCCUCCCUCCCCGCGUCUCCUCACGGCCCCCCGCCCCUGUCGCCCCCUGUACCCAUGCCCCGUGGGCACCCAGCCCCGCAACCCGCGCCCCGCCCGGCCCCUCUCCGCCCCUCCGGAGCCGUGAGGCGCCCCGGGGCCGAGCCGAGCUUCCGCCCGGGGAGCGAGACAGGGCGGAGACAGCGGCGGCCGGGCGGACACGCUGCGCGGCUUAAGAUGGCGGCUCCCCUGGCUAAGCAGGCGGGGGUUGUGCUGCGGGACCUGCGAUCCGCCCGCCUGCGGGGCGGCUUCCCGGCUGUUCAAUUAACCCCUAGACGAUGGCUGAAUCUGCAGGAGUACCAAAGCAAAAAACUAAUGGCAGACCAUGGGGUUACAGUUCAGAGAUUCUUUGUGGCUGAUUCUGCAAAUGAUGCCCUGGAGGCUGCUCAGAGACUAAAGGCAAAGGAAAUUGUUCUAAAGGCACAGAUUCUGGCUGGAGGGAGAGGAAAAGGUAUUUUCAACAGUGGAUUGAAAGGAGGAGUCCAUCUAACUAAAGACCUGAAGACUGUUGAACAGCUUGCUAAACAGAUGAUUGGGUACAAUCUGUCAACAAAGCAAACUCCAAAGGAUGGAGUGACAGUGAAAAAGGUGAUGGUUGCAGAAGCACUGAAUAUUUCAAGGGAAACAUACUUUGCAAUUUUGAUGGACAGAGCCUGCAAUGGACCUGUUAUGGUUGGCAGUCCACAGGGUGGUGUUGACAUAGAAGAAGUUGCAGUUACUAGCCCAGAACUUAUCUUUAAGGAGGAAAUAGAUAUUUUCGAAGGCAUUCAAGAUCGUCAGGCAUUGCAGAUGGCAAAAAAUUUGGGUUUCAAAGGACCUUUACAACAGCAGGCGGCAGAUCAAAUUAAGAAGCUGUAUAAUCUUUUCUUGAAAAUUGAUGCCACUCAGGUUGAAGUGAAUCCCUUUGGUGAAACUCCAGAAGGGCAAGUGGUUUGCUUUGAUGCCAAGAUAAACUUUGAUGACAAUGCAGAAUUUAGGCAAAAAGAAAUAUUUGCCAUGGAUGACAAGUCUGAAAAUGAGCCUAUAGAGAAUGAAGCUGCCAAAUAUGACUUAAAAUAUAUAGGACUGGAUGGAAAUAUUGCUUGCUUUGUGAAUGGAGCUGGUCUUGCAAUGGCAACUUGUGAUAUAAUAUCCUUGAACGGUGGAAAGCCAGCCAACUUCCUGGAUCUCGGUGGAGGUGUGAAAGAAGCACAGGUGUAUCAAGCAUUCAAACUGCUGACUGCUGAUCCAAAGGUUGAAGCAAUACUUGUAAACAUUUUUGGUGGUAUCGUGAACUGUGCCAUUAUUGCCAAUGGUAUUACCAAAGCUUGCCGAGAGCUUGAGCUGAAAGUGCCUCUGGUGGUCAGACUGGAAGGAACAAAUGUUCAUGAAGCCCAGCGCAUUCUGAAUGAGAGUGGACUCCCCAUCACGUCUGCAAAUGACCUUGAAGAUGCAGCAAAGAAGGCAGUGGCCAGUGUGGCCAAAAAAUAACUCCUUGAAGAUAUUCUCAUGGAAAGUGUCUAUGUUUUACAAGAUGUCAUUCCUGCCAUUUCAGAGAGGAUUAGUGAACUUUUCCUAACCAGUCAUCAGUGUUUGGGGGACUUUGUGACACAUGGCAAACUCAGGCUAUAGGCUGGCAAAUUAGGCUUUGGAAAUUUUGCAGCUACUUUCUUGAAAAGUAUGUCUUUAUCUCGUUUGGGUAAUUUUGUUAUUGAGAGUCUUAUUAAGUAAUACUUAGUUUCAUAAAGCUGUUUUUGUGCUUUUCUUCCAAAAUUGCCACUGACAAACUCAUGAUAAGAUACAAUAAUAAUUGACUUCUAUCAACAGGAUUGUUCUUUAAUCAAACACGUAAUUCACCUGUUUCACAAUACUAUCAUUAAUUUUUUAUAUUGUAGAGUCAGCAAACUAAUAAUGGGUUUAUAUUUUUAUGAAUUUUUACAAUAAUGUAAAAAAUUGUGCUUACAAUAUCUAUUUUUAUUCAAAUGAAAGUUUUUUUUAGAAAGCACACACUUUGCCUUAAGAUGAUUUUCUUUUGUAGAUGCAAAAGUAUACCUCAUAAUAGGAAAAGAGAUUGAGCAGUUGUUAGUGAAAGGACCUUCCACUCUUACACUUUACCUAUAAACAGGUGAAAUGUGAUUUAUUUUCUAUUUUUCAGAAAUGAAGUGCAGUAUUUCUAGGUGUAACCAUGUCAUACAGAAAGCUCUAGGAGAAUGUGCCUGUUGGGCAGGAAAUGGCUGCUAACUUUUCAGAAUAACCUCUUUCAUAAGUACGCCACUGCAGUGAGGUUUUAAAGAUGAGAACCUUAACCAGUCUUCUAUGGGAUCAUGGAGUACUCUUCAGUUGAUAUAUUGUCAAAAAAAAAAAAACCAAAACUUUGAUUUAUUUAUUGAGAAUAAAAUUCAAAUCAACUUUUCAAAUUUUAAAAUAUUUUAUUUCUAAGACAUCAGCAAAAAUAUGUACAAGAAAAAAAAGUUUCAGUACUCAGAUAUUGACUAAGAUUUAUUUUGGUUAUAUAUGCCUUUGUAACAGUCAAAAUUCAAGCUGUUAGUUACAUGAAUCAUUCAUUCAGGGAACAGAAGACAAUACCAAAUGGCUCAUGUAACUAAAGAAAUCAGUACAAAUCUCACUCAGCACAGGAACUGCAUGAAAUUCAUCAAUAAAUCGAACAGAGUACAAAGGAGUGAAUAUAGUGAUCUGGUCUUGAAGACUUUGUAAAUGGGCAGAGAGGUAAAAAUUUGUCUAAUAAAUUCUUAAUUGUGAUUUUUUGAGCAGCUCCAAUCAAUACUAUGUUCUACUUAGAGAAAUGUAAAUAAAUUUUUCUUGGCUUUCCCAUUAAAACUAUUACACUCAAAAUAAAUUAUCUGCACUGAUCUCUGCCUCUUCACACAAACAGUGUAGAUAGGUUGCUAUCAUCAGUUAGUAUAGGGUGGUUUUUUUCUUCUCCAUUCCUUUCUCUACAUAUUGCUCAAGGCAAAAACGUCUGACCAUUAGAAUAGCAAUAAAUAUGCCACUAGGUAUGUACUUACUGACUGAAUGAAGGAGAAGGGUAUCGUUAGCAGUUCUAGCGAAGGUGUUUAGAAGUGCAGUGCUUUGCAGGAAGAAAUGUUUACCUCACCACAAUAAAUAAAAAAGUCACUCUUUUCUGUAUUUUAA